GCUGUUCACAGGACUGUCUCAUUAGAGUGUGGAGGCUGUGUGCCAAGUCUGGGACAGACGCCCGCACAGAGGACGAUCACACCAUCAUCAAAAUGAAAGAGGACGUUUUUUGAAGUGAAGGAGAGAGUGUUUGCUGUAUCUCUGGAGACGGUCCUUGCAGGCCAUGAGAACUGGGUCUAUGGAGUCCACUGGCAGCCACCUCUCUACAAAGGUGGUGAGCUGAAACAGCCUCUCAGUCUGCUCUCUGCCUCCAUGGACAAAACCAUGAUCCUCUGGGCUCCUGAAGAGGGAUCUGGAGUCUGGGUGGAGCAGGUGCGUGUAGGGGAGGUUGGAGGCAACACUCUGGGUUUCUAUGGCUGCCAGAUGAGUCCGGAUGGCUCCAUGAUUGUGGCUCACGCUUUUCAUGGAGCGCUACAUCUCUGGUGCAAACACCAAGAGAAAGAGGGAGAAUGGAGGCCUGGGGUUGUGAUAUCGGGUCACUUUAAUGCAGUCCAGGACCUGAGCUGGGAUCCCGAGGGUGAGUUCAUCCUCAGUGUGGGCUCAGAUCAGACCACCAGACUCUUCACUCCAUGGAGGAAACAAGAUGCCAAACAGGAAACCUGGCAUGAGAUCUCACGGCCGCAGAUCCAUGGAUACGACAUGCAGUGUCUUGCCAUGGUUGGAAGGUUUCAGUUUGUGUCUGGAGCUGACGAGAAGGUCCUGCGAGUGUUUCAAGCGCCGCGGAAUUUUGUGGAGAACUUUGCUAAUAUCUCUGGGAGCUCCAGAGAAAAGCUGUUGACAUCUAGUGACUGUGCCAGCCUUCCAGAAGGAGCCAGCACACCUGCCUUGGGUCUCUCCAACAAGGCUGUAUUUCAAGGCGACCUUGUCCCAAAAACCAAUGAAGAAGAAGGGCAGUUCAACAGCUUAUCUGAUCAAUACCGGGAGUCUUACUUCCACCCGCUUAUCAUGACUGAGCCCCCACCAGAGGAUCACCUUCUCCAGAACACACUCUGGCCUGAGGUACAGAAACUGUACGGCCAUGGCUUUGAGAUGUUCUGCCUCGCUGCAGACAGCGCUAGGACGGUAGUAGCCUCUGCAUGCAAGGCAUCUAAAGCUGAGCAUGCAGCAGUUCUGCUGUGGAGUACAGCCACAUGGCGUCAGCUGCAGACGCUGCCCUGCCAUUCCCUCACCGUCACCCAGAUGGCCUUCUCCCCCGAUGCACAACUCCUUUUGGCCGUGUCCCGUGAUCGCACGUGGUCUUUAUGGAGACAGAACCUGCCCACGCCUGAAAGUCCAGGUGAGCAAGAGGAAGGAGGAGAUGUCACGACAGAGGGGGGUUCCCCUUUUAAAGAAAUGUAUUAUUUAGUUGUCUGGAUCUUGUUUUGUAAUGCAGGACAGCUCAAGCUGAGAAAAUGAUUCCUCAUGCUGCUU